CCACGCCCCGCGAACGAACGAAUGACUCGUGUCUUGGGGAGCGAUCGAGAACCCGUCACCUUCUAAACCGUCUACUGCUGUGCGCCCAGCUUUUCAAACCCACAACAUCACCUUUCCGUCGCACACGCAACCACGAGAGAUCUCAGACACAAUGUCCGGCAAGCAAGAUCCACCCCCGUACAACCAGCCUCAGCCUCCUCAGGCUGCUUACACCGGCUACGGCACUCCCCCGCCUGGUCAGGACGGUGCCUACCCCUACGGCCAGCCUCCGCCACAACAAGGCGGCUACUAUCCCCCUCAGGCACAGGGCUAUCCUCCUCAGGGUCCCGGCUACCCGCCGCAAGGCCCAUACCCGCCGCAGGGUCAAUACGGGCAACAGCCAGGACCAUAUCAGCAAGGACCGCAGAUGGGCUACUACCCGCAACAGCAACCACCACCGGGAGCGUAUUACCAGCAGGGACCCCCGCCUCAAGGGUACUACCAGCAGCCGGUAGAGCAGAAGAGCGGUUCCGAUGGCGUCUGCAUGGCGAUUCUGGGCACUUGCGCCCUCUGCUGCUGCUUGGAUGCCAUCUUUUAAACGCAAUCCGAAACCGCUUCAUACCGUAACGGGACCAUGUCAGAAACGAACAAUAACACAAAAUAAUGGCAUCAAACCAAAAACGAUGCGAGACAGGAGAGGAAUGGUUGAGGGGUGUAUGUUUUCUGUCUCUGGCCGCGACGGGCAGUAAAAGGGUCCGUUUGCGCUGAUAAAGAGGUGCUG